AUGUCUAAGGUCAAGAAAAAUGUUAAGAAGGAACAAGUGAAAGAAAGUGAAGAAAAACCAAUGGAUAUGAUUAAAAAGCUAGAAAAGAGGGUUAAAGUGUUUAAUGAACUCAUAAACACUAGAGAAAAUACUCUAUAUCCUGUAUUGGAAGAUGACGGAGAUCUUCCAAAUUAUCCCAAACCAAUUAGAAUGGAACCAAACAAAAAAAUUCUGAAAAUUCAUGAAGAAGUUGGAGAACUGUUACAAGAUGUUUGCAGCGAAAGAAACUCUUCAGGUAGUAAUGAAAAUUAAAAUUAUUUAAUAAAAAUUUGAAUUAUACUUUAUUCUUUGGAUAAACCAUGGAAGUAAGUGUAAACUUAUUUACCCAUUAUAGAUUUUCAAAAAAAAAUGUUUGGAUAAGUUAUAAUAAUAUGCUCAGAGCACAAUGAGAUGCAAGGAAUUUGCAUAUUUCUUAGUUUAAUUGCCUGUAAAGCUAUAUAGACUUACAAAUAUAUUUGACUCCUUCAUUGUAAUAUAUGAUUCAAAUAAUUUGUUCUCAUUUACUAAGAACUGAUAGUUUGAUUUCAUUGCCCCAUUUAUGGUCUAAUAUGGCACAAAAACUAAACAAUUUGUAUGCAACAGUAACGGGUACAAAUUAUUUGAUAUUUACUUCUCUACAUAAAUUAAUUUGCUUUGCUGUAUAAUCAAUUUAUCUGUGUUCACAUCAUUUUCAAAGUGAGAAAAGAAUUUACAACAAAUUAUAUUCUAAUUUGUAUAUUAAAUAAUAUUAAUAUUACAUAAUAUCUAUUAAAAUUUGUAAUACAUAUUAGGUAGGUAUCUAAAUAAUAUAAGAAUAUCAUUCUUAAAGCAAGAUUUCUUUCUUGACUGUAAUUUAUUAUUAAUAGUUUAAAUUUGAGUUAGUUAAAACCUUGAAGACUAUUGAAGAAAAAAAUCUAAUUCUAAAUUCUUUAAAGUAUUUUUCUAUGUAUUAUUGAUCAUAAAUCUAAACACAAAUAAAUAAUAUGUGUAUAAAGAGGUUAAGAAAGCUCUACUUAUAACCUAUAUAUCUCUAUUUUGUGCUAUAGAUUACAUUAUUUGAAAUAUAUUAAACAUUUCAAUUUUUUUUUUCUGUGGACAAUUUUUCUAGCAGCAAUUUUGAUCCGAUUUACAAUGAUAGCACUUUUUCUAAAAUUAAAUUUGACUAGGAAGGUACAUUAGAAAAGUCAUUUUUGAUUUCACAGUUUUUCCAAAACUAAAAAAAAAUAUACAAAAUGUAAUUUUUCUCAGCUGUUAUCAUAAUAAAUGGGAAAAACUGUGAAAUAAUAUAGGAAAACCGGAAAAUAAGUACAAUAUUUGGCAAAUAUUAAAGGAAAUAUGUAAUGCUGAUGUAAUUAUUUAGCAUAAUAUAACAUAAAUAUUAUUGACAAAGCAACACUAUUAAAUAAACUUCAUUUAGAAUAGUUUUUUCGUUAUUAAUGGUUAUUCAUUGCAUACAAAUAUAUUUUAAAUUUCCCCUCUACUACAUUCCCAGCUUUUCACCUACAACAGUGGCCUACCCACAUGCAUAGUAUGUCAUUUUUUUUUUUAAUUAACAUUGUUUUAUUUAUGUGGUUAGUGUUUAAUGACACAUUUUACAUUUUUAAAAAAAAUAUAUUUAGUUUUAUGGUGUAAAAAUUAAGUAUAAUAUGUCACACAUGUGAAAUUAUUCAAGAAAGACAUUUGAAAAUACUUAUUAAUUUUAAUUUGUAUUUAAACUGAAUAUAAUGUAAAACUUAAAUUAAAAUAAUAAUUUGUUAGUUAAUGUUGAUCAAAACUAUAUUUAAAAAAUAAUUUUUGUCUAAAGAUAGACUUUUUAUAAAUUAUUAAUGACAUAAUAUGGACAACUUAAUAAUGAAUUAUUACUAUGUUAUUCAUUGUUAUUAAAAUAUAAAAACUUAAAAGCAAAUAAUUUACUAAUGCAACAUACAAUUUGAAUUAUUAAAAACAUAUAAUAUUAUUACCUACAAGUUUAUACUUGAGAAAUUGUACCCCAUAACUCCUUGCAAAUUUAAAAUUUGUUUUUCUCAGAACUGCCACGUCCUGGAACCAUUUUUCUUAUCAACUACUGAAAUAUAGGUAUAAAAUACUUUGUAAUUAUUAGGAAUUACACCAUUUUGAAAUAAACUUAGAUUUUUUUUUUAAUUAAAAUACCUACUUGAUUUAUAUUUUGGUGAUGGCUUUAAUUGCUUUCUUCCUUAUGGUAUAAUAUUAUCUGUGCUUUGUUUUGGAUCAUUAAUGAUAUAAAAAAACUUGAUAAAAUUUUCAUCUAACAAAUUGUAUUUAAAUUGCGCAAUAAAUAGUGUGGAUCUUUGAAAGAAUGUCCAUUUUACUUUGAGCUAUUUUUUUUAGAUUCUGAGUGAAGGGAGGAAUAUAUUGGUUUUUAAAUGAUGUUUUUUUCUUGUGGACAACUUUUCUACCAGCAAUUUUACUCCUAUUUUCAAGUAUAUCACUUUUUCUGAAAGAAAAUCUGACUAGGGUGGUACUUUAGAGAUGUCAUCUAUUGAUUUUCUCAAGAGUUUUAACAAUAAAUAGAGAAAAACGAAAAAUUGUGUGAAAUGUAUUGUUUUUUUUUUUUUUGUGAUUUAGAUAAAAAUAUAUGAUGAGACUUGAAGUUUGGAUAGAAAACUUAUAUUUUUCAUUUCUGGAUGUAGUAAAUAAGUUUUAUUUGUAAUUUUUAUGCAAUAGAUACUCUUUGGAUAAAACUGUUUGACCAAACAAAAAUGCUAGAAAAUUUAACAGGAGGUUUGCUAAAAGUGGUACUUUGUAAUAAAGAAAAAAAAAUUGAGUUGAAUGUAGUACAAAUCAACACUAGGAAAAAUAUGUUGGAAAAAGGGGAAAGUAUAUGAAAUGUAUUAUGGGCUAACAAAAAAGGAUUCUAAGCGGACCUUACAUAUCAACUUUUUCUUAUAACCACUAAGUACAACUUUUAAUGAAUCUCCUGUUAAAUCUUCAAACAUUUCUGUUUGGUCUAAUCAUUGUAUCCACAGAGUACCUACCAAAUAAAAAUGACAUAAAAAGUAUUAAAAUAUAUAUAAAUAGCUCAAAAGUUUUGAAAAUUUUAUCAUCUUUAUAAAAGGCCAAUAUAAUGUUUCUAUUCAAAUUUCAAGUCUCUAUGAUCAUUUUCAAAUGAAUUACAACAAAAACACAAAAUUGAAAGUAACAUUUUUGUAUUAUUUUUGUAAUUUUUCUCAGUUUUUCCCAAUUAUUUUGAAAAUCAAAAAAUGACCUCUCUAUAGUACUAUUACGUUAAAAUUUCUUUUCAUUAAAGGGCUAUAAUUGAAAAUCUGAGCAAAAUUUCUGGUAGAAAAGUUAUUCACAAAAAAAAAUAAAUAAACAUUAUAAAACCAAUACAUUCCUCCAUCAGAUCAGAAUAUAAAAAUCUGACUGUUUAUAGAAACAAUGUACUUGAUUAUGGUCAUUGAGGACAAAAUUAUUAUCAAUUAUCAUUAUCCAAUCAUGAACACAUUUAAAAUUUUCCCUUAUGAUUUUUAUACUAAACUUAUAUAGUCAUAUUUGUAUUUUUAGUUAUAUCUAAUCCAAAUAAUAUCUAUUUUAAUAUCAUUUUUAACAUUAUUUGUGAGUUUUGAAAAUAUAAAAUUGAUUGUUAAUCUAAUUUUGUUGUACUCAUGUUACAAAAUACCUUUAAAAUCAUAGUACAGUGAUUCUCAUUAAUGUGGCCACCAGUUAAUACAGUCAGCCAUCUAAUAUGGGCAUAUAAUGGUCUAGUACCGAUUCUAAAUUAAAAUGAGCAACCAUUUAAUGUGAAUAAAUGUUACUAGUCCCAACAUGCCUACAUUAGGUGGAAUCCACUGUAUUAAUAUUAUAUUCUAAUUUUUUUUUUUUUGCAAGAUUGUUUGCUGUUAUGAUAUUGGCAAAUAAACAUGAAAAAAUAUUGUAAAAAAUAAUAAUAAGGGUAAUAAUAUUAUUAUUUUCAACAACCAAUAUAGUUAUGUCUAUAGUCAUGCUAUGUGCAUCACAAUAAAACUUGUACAUUUUAUAUCUCCUGACAUACUAUAAUUUAAAAAUAUUAUUUGUUGAUCACUGAAAUUUUUAAAAAUGUAUCUAUAUAUUUGGACAUGUUACAUUUGUCUGCUUAAAAUUAAUACCAAAGUUAAUUUUACAAAACAAUUUAUUUUAUUGAUUUUUAAAUUUUUAUUUAAAAUAUUUUUGUGUUACAAUUUUUUUGGAACUUAUAAUUUCUGUGCAUUCAAAAAUAUGAUUAGAUUGUUAAAUUUCAAGUAUCAUUUUGUUAAAAUAAGUUCUAAUAAUUGUGGACACUUGAUACUUGGAAGAAUCACAAAGAGAACCUAGACUUCUUGAUUGGACAUGUAAAAGCAAUAUUUGAAAACAUUCACAUACUAUUAUAUUUAGCAUUAAGUCAUAUACUUAUUUAACUUUACAUUGGGUAGAUGUCUAUGUUUCAAUAUUAAUUCAAUUAUUUUACAACAAUCCCUAUUUUAUUUAUUUCUAUAAAUUAUUGAAUAACUUUUUUAUAACUAAAAUAAAGAUAGAAGAUAAAGACAUACUUCCCAUGUGAGUGGGCUACUGUUGUAGGUAAAAAUUUGGGUAGAUAUAAUGGAAAUGUUAUGUAUAUCAGUACACAACAAUUAACCAUUACAUACGAAAAAACGAUUCUGAGCAGAGUUAAGUUAAUAAUGUUGCUUUAUCAACAAUAUAAUAUACAGUUGUGCACUGAAACAUAGAACACAUUAUAACCCUGUAUCUUACGCAUAUUUUUGAAUUUAGUUUCCAAAAAACGAAACUAUACUACUGGACCAUUACUUUUCAAACACAACAUUUUUUUUAACUAAUAUUGUUUCCUUUCCAGAAAACCAAAUUAAAAAAUAUGCAUAAGGUACAGAGUUAUAAAGUGUUCCCUGUUUCUGGUGACAACUGUAUAUUAUUAACUGUAUAUUAACUGUAUAUUGUUGACAAAACAUUAUUCAUUGAACUCUCCUUAGAAUCAUUUUCUUUAAUAAUAUUUAUUCAAUAUUGUAUCUAUUUUCCCGUAUAUUUAUUAUAUAUUAUUAAUGUAUAUUUCUCUCUAUUAAUGUAUAGUUCUUUACAUUAAAUGUUUAUAUGCGGGUAUAUUUUUUCAAAUUUUGUUUGACUAAAUGUUACUAUUAUAAAACGUUCCUACCUGAGCAAUAAUUACAUUAAAAUGAAAUAUACAAAAUAUAUAUAUUACUGAUUUGUACUCAAAAAGCAAGUCCAAAAUGCAUGUUUAACAGUUUUUUUUUUUAUUUACUAUUGUAGAAACGAAAAUUGAUUUUAAAAUUAAAAAAAAAAAAGCUUUUGAUGCAGAAUUGUAUGAUACUAUGAUACAUUUUCGACAACAAUCAGAAACGCUUUUUAAAAAUAUCAUUAGCACUCAAGUGAGCUUCAAUGAAUGUUUAAAUGAUGAUUUAUCUAUUGAAACUAAGGAAAAGAAAAAUGUUCUCAAAAAGCAUAUGAAUUUAAUAGAAAAAACAUGUAAAUAUGAAAGAGGUGCAGAACCACUUUUUUCUUUGGACAGCCUUUUUCUUAAAAGUAAUAUUGAAACCAAUCUAAAAAUAAAAACCACCAGCCAAUUUCAAAAGUAAGUAUUAUUAUUUAUAACAUUCUCUUUAGAUUUUGCAUUAUCAAUAACUAUGUACAUUUGAGUAAAACUUGAUUUGUUUGUAUUAGAUAUUAUAUAUGUUAGAUUAAUUAGAAUUAUUUAAUCUCAAGUUAAUUAAUUAUUAUAUUAUAUUUAAAUAAAUAAUAUUUCUAAAUAGUUAUUUAUAAAAAAAGAAAGGUAAUAUAAUGGGGCCCGGAUGCAGCCACUGGUGUAGGUGGAAAGUUGGGAAGGUAGAAUAUAAACUGGAAUUUAAUGUAUACCUGUAAGCAACAAUAAACCAUUGCUUACAAAAAAACGAUUCUAAGUGGAUUUCAGUUGAUAGUUAUGCUUUAUCAACAAUAUAUUAUAUGUCUUAUUAUGGUAAAAUAAUUAAAUAGGCUUUAUAUAAUAUUUUCUUUUAUAAUAUUUGUUUAAUGUUGUACCAAUUUUCAGGAUAGUAGGAAAAUAUUAGCAUUAAGACCAAUUAAAUGAUAGCAUUAAGAAAAUCUUUAAUAUCAUACCCAGUAUUUUAAUAUGUUACAUAUAUUUUGUAAUUUGAUAUUAGGGUUGUUAAUUUUUUUGAAAUGGAAUUAAGUUUGUAAUUAGACAAGCUAUUUUAACUAUGGUCUAUUUCUUUCUGCUCCUUGAUAAAUUUGUCUAGAUCUUUAAUAGAACAAUUUUUAAUUACUCUCCUAACUUAUAUGAUUAAAAGUCUGUAUAUUGGUAGACUGAGUAGUUACUCAGUGUAACUAGUCAAUCAAUGGUAAUGAUAUAAAACUAAAUAGGUAUCCCAGUUGAUAUUUGUAAUUUGUAAAGCAUGCGUGUAUUCUUUUAUGGGUUUACUUAAAUAAAUAUUUAGUCUAUAGGUAUAUGUAUGUACCCCAAUACAGUGGCAAAUAAUAUUUACACCAUGUACAAGAAUAAUUAUUUUAAUAUAGAAAUCUAUUUUACUUACUAAGUAAUCAAAAAGAAAUAUUUUUUAUAACAUUUGACAUUAUGAGACUAGUCUUUUGAACACUUGACAUAUUACCCAAAUUUUGAAAUUUAAAUAUCAAAUCAUCAACUAAAAAGUUUAUCAAUAUUAUAUAGGUUUAGGAUCUUGAUGACCCAAAAUUAUUUUUAGAAAUACAAAAAAAAAAAUGCUGUUUCAACUGUAACAUUUAUUAUUUAGAUAAACUAAUAUACUUCAACACACUGUUGAUUUAAAAUAUUGUAGAUAAUAAACUACUGUAGCUUAUUAUUUUUCAAAAAAAAAAAAGAAAAGAAAAUCAUGAUAGUAAAAAAAAAUGUGACAAACAAAUAACAUAAAUGGACACAUUUUUAAAAAAACUAUAUUGACUAUGGUAAUAUUAAAAUAAUAUUGAUUAAUAAUAAAUCUUAUAAACACAUCUGUAUUUUCUUAUGAUUUUAAUGCAAUUUUUUUAUACAAAAUUCAAUUUUAGAUUCUGAGUGAAACAAGGAAUGUAUUCAGUAUUGAUUUUACAAUGAUUAUUUUUAUUUUUUCUGUGGAUAACUUUUCUACCAGAAAUUUUGCUCCAAUUUACAAUGAUAGAACUUUUUCUGAAAGGAAAUAUAACUAGGGUGGUACUUAAGGGAAGUCAUUUUUUGAUUUUCCCAACUGUUUUCAUAAGAAAUGGAAAAAAAAAGAAAAUAAGUACAAUAUUAAACAAAUAUUAUUAAAUAAAAUAUAAAAUGCAUAUGUAAUUAUUUUAUUUUAAUAUCACAUGAAUAUUCAAAUAAAUAAUUUAUAAUUUAUAUUUAUAAUAUAUUUAUUGAAAUAAAUAAAUAAAUACUCCCUGGAGUAUUAUGAUAUGUGUAUAGUACAACUGGAUUUGAAUUAAAAAUUAUCCAUCAGGUAAAUCACAAAAUCAAAAGAUUUCUGUUAUUACAGGGUGAUCCAAUUGCAAUGCCUAAAUAAAUAUUAACUUAUUUUGGAAUUUUUUAUAUUUUGUUUGAUAAAUUUAAAAAACAAACGGCUUUAAAAUGAGUAGUGAAAUAUCUUAUCAACAGGUUCAGGUUGAUAGAAUUAAAAAAAAUUAACACUUACCUUUAUUUAAACUAAUACUUCACUAUGGUAGUUUUAAUAUAGGAUGUAAUUUUAAAAUCAAAAUUAAGUAAUUGUGUUUCAGCCCAAAAAUAAGUAUCACAAAAAAUAAUGGUAAUGUAACAUUUUAAAGCUUCUUGUUUCUUUAAUUGUAAAAAAAAAAAUCUAAAAAAGUCAAUAUUUUCCAAGGUAUUGCAAUGGUAUAUUUUCAUUGUAUAAUUAUAUAUAUAUAUUUCCAAUAUCAUUAAAUAUGUAUUUAUUUUAUUUAGAGCUUACAAAGAGUUGGCAGAAGGAGAAAUAAAUAGAGCAUUUGAAUUUAAAAUGGGACGUUAUCAAAAUCAUCCACAUUUAAUAGCUGCCCAAAAAAACAUUAAAUCUGCAGAUGAAAUGCUUUCUAAAACUCUAGAAACAGUAACAAUUGAUCCAUUUACAAAACGAACAAUCAUUAAACCAGUCAAAAAUAAAUUUUGUCAACAUGUAUAUGACCAAGAUUCAAUUGAACCAAUGUUUAAACAGAGAUUAUUUAUUUCAUGUCCAUAUAUUGGCUGUAUGAAUAAUCGGUUUACAAAACAAGAUCUUUUAUUUGAUCACAAUAAAUAA